UGUAUAACAUCCUACCUACACACGUGGCUUAAUGAUUGAUUAAAAACUCAUGUCCUCGUCAAGUCAACACUCACGGGGAUUGGACUAGACCCACUGUGAAUGAAGUCAUUCAGUUAGUUACCUAAGGCGAGGAACUUGACAGAUUGCGAAGAGUCACAGUAUACAGUGUACACUGUUUAGCCACUAAAGUAACUCGUAGAUCGGCAAGGAUAGUCGGUUUUAACGUCAAACAUAUAACUAGUGUAAUAAUGGUGUGUAAUUCGUUGACUUUUGUUGUGACAGUUUUAGCUUCAGCUUUAACACUGCAGUCAUGUUGUGGCCAGACAGUCCUGAAAGCCUAUUUCAAUAUGGCGGGUGUUCAGGGAGAGGUGGAACUCACCAAGGACCCAAGUUCUAGCGACGCAAUAGCUAAAUUUAAUCUAAACCAAGGAAUUUACAAUUACCAGUUCAACAAAUACUUUAUGAAUUAUGACACCACAGAUAAAUGUGCAUCGUCCGGAGAAGGGACAGGUAAAGGUGGAUCUGGUACUAAUGGUGGAUCUGGUGUAGUUCAGACAGAACAAAUACCUGUCGCGUUAUCUGGUUUAAAUUCCGUAGAAGGUGCCACUCUACAGGUAACAAGCAGUACAGACCCUAGUUUUAAGGCAUGUGCAACUCUCAUGUCAACUACUAAAUACGAAACAGCCGUGGCUACAUUCGAGGAUAAAGUAUAUGGAAAUGUCUACUUUAGGAAAGCAGUUGAUUCUGGAAACACAAUAAUUUAUUCGGAUUUAUAUUUUGGCGACAGCACGAAAACAAAGACUGGGUAUAAAUGGAGGAUACAGCAAGAUUGUUUAAAGGGGGGGUCGUUGUUUAACCCUAAUUCAAGUUUGGGAUCCGGCUGUAGCAACACCGAUCAUACUAAAUGUAUCAUUGGUGAUUUGACAUCAAAAUUGGGUACAGUUAAUGUGGGCAGUGUAAAGGCUUCUGCGAAUAAAAGAUACCUGGAUGCCAACCUUCCAUUACUAUCAGCAAAUAGUGUUGUUGGCUCUCAUCUAGUUUUGUUGGAUGAUAAUAAUGAUGUCUUUUAUUGUACCACUAUAACGUCAGUUCCUGCUCGAUCUCUGGUGGCGGCAUUCAGCCGAGAUGGCGUUAAGGGGCACAUUUCCUUCCAACAGUCCUCUAUGUUUGACCGCACCAGAAUAGAAGUGUCGUUAAUGAAUCUACAAAGUAAAGCUAGUGGAUACCAUGUACAUAAAUUCCCAGUUCCUCAGCGAGUUAACAAAGAUCAAGGGAUGUGUAGUGGCGCAUUAGUAAGCGGGCAUUUCAAUCCAUAUAGUAUAGAUAUAUCUGGCAGUCCGCCAUCCGGCACAGGAACGAAUGACAAAUAUGAAAUAGGUGAUGUAAGUGGUAAAUUCGGGACAUUAGCCGGUAAAGAUAACGUUACGAUGACUUAUAACGACUGGAAUAUGCCAUUGUUUGGAAAAAACAGCAUUGCCUUCAGAUCAUUGGUAAUACACAAAGGUGAUGGUUCGAGGUGGAUCUGUGCUAAUAUUGAAGAUGUGGAUGCAGUUAAAACAGCUAUGGCCACAUUCACUUAUCCGUUUAUUGGUUACGCGAUCUUAAAACAACCUUUAAAGUCAUCCAGACAAGAAACAUCCAUUUUUAUUGAACUCAAUACAGCAGAUGGCACAACAACGUCUUCUAGUUACAAGUGGCAAAUUAAUAAAAACAUGGCUGGUGCCGACUGGAAUGCCGAUACAUCGCGAUGCGCUUCCACUGGUAACAUCUUCAAUCCUGAUAAUUCUACUGUAACUGGAACGCAGUAUGACGCACAAUGCCAAAUGAAUGACCCAGUUCGCUGCGUAAAAGGAGAUUUGACCAAAAAACAUGGGCAAAUAAGUGUGCGCUCUGCAGACAAUACGGCAGCCGAACACAGUAUUAGCGACCAAUAUCUGCCGCUGUAUGGAUCCAUGGGUAUAAUUGGGCGCUCAAUAGUUAUUUUUGGCGACAAUGGCAUAAUGGCCUGUGCCACUAUUUAUGAAGUCCGUGAACGGGUCGCAGUUGUAAACUCCUGGUCUAAAGGCGUAACAGGUUCAAUAAAGUUCUCUCAAUCAUCUGGUGUUGUAGAAGGGAAGACCACCAUUAAAAAUGAUUUACAGAAUUUGGCAAAUACAGCUGCCAAGUACCACGUUCACACCUUUGGUAUCUUGCCGGGAGCUUCUUCCAGCUGUUCUGCUGCGAGUGUAGCAGGACACUUUAAUCCUUUUGAUAUUGAUACGGCCACGGACCCGGAACCAACAGUAGGCACCGUCGACCAGUAUGAAGUUGGUGAUAUCAGCGGAAAGUUUGGUAAAUUAAGUGGUGUAUCAAGCAAUGAUGAACAUUUUGAUACAAACAUGAAUCUUUUUGGUCCGCAAAGUAUUAUUGGGCGAUCUGUUGUUUUACACAAAGCUUCUGAUGGAUCUCGCUGGUCUUGUGGUAACAUUGUAGAAGAUAUAAGUCUCACGGGUGGUACUCUGUUUCAAGCUAAAGCUGAAUUUGAUACAAAUGUUCGAGGCUAUGUUACUCUGAGUCAGUAUGUUUAUCCAGAUAAUAGUAUGAGUGAUACCAGUGUUGAAGUGGAUUUAGUUUAUUCUGAUGGAUCAGCAUCUACACCAGACCAUAAUUGGCAUGUCCAUGUUAAAGGUGUAGAUGGGGAUGAUCAGGCUACAACCGGUCGAUGUCAAAGCACUGGCGGCCAUUUUAACCCAUUUAAAGUCAAUUUACAGACUGGUUAUUCUGAAUGUGGUGCCACGAAUCCUUUACGAUGUGAAGUGGGUGAUCAGAGUAAUAAACUAGGUACCUAUACCAUAGGCUCGGGUAGGAUGUUCACUACAGACGUGUAUCUACCGCUAAGCGGAAUGUAUUCAGUUAUUGGUAAAGCUGUUGUGUUUCACGAAAAGAACAAAGGAGCUGGUAGAAUAGCGUGUGCUACUUUAAUGCCUGUAGGAACACCAACACCUUUGAAGUUAUCUAUUGUCACUCCUGCAAAUAUUGACAGAGCCCAGAUUAGUCGAACAAUUGCCCAAGAAAUGCAAAUCAGUGAGUGGAAUGUCAUGAUAAUGGCUCUCACAUCCACGAAAGAGGGAUGCACAGAUUUACAAGUUUAUUUUCUGGGGAUGGAUGCUCAAAAAUAUAAAAGUAAAUCUAUGACUAUGGCGGCGUCUGGAGACUUUUCAAUAGCAAAACCCAGCAAAUGUUCCUUGACGGGAGGUUCUGACAGAAUAACUUUUACGUUUUAUCUACUAGCUUUCCUGACUGUUGUCGCAAGAUAUUCCUUAUGAUUUUAGUUUCCUAAUUUAUUUUUACAAUUUGUACAUCAUAUAAAUAUAAGUAACAGUAACUAUAUAUACAUGUAUAUAUAUAUAUAUAUAUUGUUACUGUUACUUAUUCAUUCAUAGGGUUGGGGGGGGGGGGGGUAACGUCAACCAAUAUUUAAAUGAGUGUAUAGUUUGUACUAUCUAUUUUUCUACAAUAUUCCCGUCACCUUGUGAUCCAUCUUACAUAUUUUCUUGAGUCCCACUUAUUCUUGAUUUUAAAAUAUCUAUGUCUUGUUAUCAUUAAAAUAAUUUGUUUUGGAAUUUUUUAAACGAUCAUUAAAAUAAUGUUGUUUUCAUUUUUAAACGAUUAGCAAGGUAAACUCAUCUACUUUGGAGGAAACUAAACUUAUAAUCUAAGCACGAUCGAGUAUUAUCGACACGAAACUCGGCAUGCGUAUUAUUUGGACAGUUGUGCAUCGAUCGACGGGCGGACGGUUCAUGUAGCACUCCUGUACUUGUUGUUCUUAAACCAACUUUGAUCCACCUUUUUUGUUUAAACUAUCUGACAUUUCCAUCACAUUCGGCUGAAGAAAAGUAAAAAAAUUAAACCGAAAGUUUAGGAUGUUAGUUUUGCUUGUAGAUGGGACUUGUGCAAUAAAUGCUAAUACUAAAUGGCUAACUUGUCCAGUAGUCGGCAGAUUUUCGGUAUAUGUAUAUUGUUGGUGUAUAUGUUCUGCUUUGUAAAUAUAUAGUAUUAUUGUUAUCCAUAUACAUAGUCUAAGCAUAUAGAUAUAUAUCAAGUUAUUUAAUUAAAAAGUCGAGGUUAUUUAUUCAUAUAUCUAGUUACGUUCAUUUAUGGAUGAUUUUUUAAACUAAGAACUGGAUGCAUCCACAUUGUUCUUCUCUGUCAAUUCCAGUACGAUCGACAUGGAAUUUGGCAUGCUUAUUCUUUAUCGAUUGGCGUCACAAUUCCAAGAUGGCUGCGAUGACGUCAUGUUCAGUUCUUGGGUCAUUUAGUACUGUCGUACUUAUUUGUAUAAAAUUAUGAGUAAUCACUUUAAAUUACUGCAAGUUUUAUUUGUAUCAUCAAGAUAUCUAUGCUUUUAUGUGUUUGUUUGUCGAUGCGCUAUUAUAUUCCUCAAAUAUUGGAUUAUUACUUUUUUUAUGUAUCAUACGGUUGUCAAAUCCUUAUACAUAAAUAGUCCCUAAUCAUACUGGUACCAUGUUAUAUUUGAUUUCUUUUUGUACCAUUUAUAAAAUUAAUGUCAGACAAUUUUAUUGCAAUAAGACAGACUAAUGUUAUGAUUAUUGAGCUCCUUGAUUAUGGAAGACAAUUCAGCACUGCAUUAAGUAAUUAGAUUAAAUGGGUUUAAAGUCCCCCUUUUACGUACAACCGAACUAAUGCCCAUGGCCUUUAUCGAGAUACUUUAUUGGUUCAGUGUUUAGUUCAAACUGAUCCGAAAUCGACUUUCAUGCAUUAAAGUCUACAAAUUGAUUUCGUAAAUUCGACAAUUACAAAAAAAAAAGUGUUUUAAUCCUCGUAAUUUUUAACUAUGGUUUAAGAACGUCUAAAUUAGAACCAAACACUUUAAAUUAAGGAUUAAUAAAUAAUAUUCUUAAUAAAGAGCUGAAAAGUCGUCCAUAAAGUUUAUCAACUAGGAUUUACCAGAAUGUCCAUAUAUGGUAUUAAAAUACAGAUGUGACGUCACCCUUUGAUGUUGGCGUACCAUUAUUUCAAAUAAUCGUACGGGCAACUUGCCAAUCGUACCUUGUCAAAUAUUAGACUCGAGUGACGUAUUUCACUGUAAACGCACGUGCGGAGUGUCUGUAUUUUAAGAUGUUUAAUGGUCUCGAGCUGAGACAUUGCGUAAUAUAUUGUAAAAACACUCGGACCUGACGGUCCUCUUGUUGUUACCAUAUAUUACUUAAUGUCUCGCUCUCGACCAUUAAACAAUACUUAAUAGCAAUGGCAUCAGUCUAGUGCAUUUGGGGGUAAUGUUAUAAAUAUUUUAUCUUUUGUUAUGGAAUAUGUGUUUGUAUUGGUUUUAUUGCACCUGUUGAUUGUUUUUAUGAGUAGAAAUGAAUAUAUUAAUUUCAUUUUCUCAUAUCUAUGCACAAAUAAAUUAUUUUAAAAGU